AGUUGCGGUGCUCUCCCUUUCUAUAAAAAACACCUCACUUUAAGGUUAAGCAUCUUCUGUAUCAAAUUUCAAAUCUUUGUUAGCAACUUCAACAAUGGCGUGCUUUCAAAGUUAUUUUUAUCUCUCUCUCAUUCUCCUCUCCCUUGUCUGCAUACAUCACACUGUCAACUGCGAUGAUAAUGAUGAGGAAGACAGUCUUCUUCGAGGCAUCAACAGCUAUAGGGCCACUUUAAAUUUGCCAAGUCUGACAGACAAUGACAAAGCCGAGUGCCUCGCAGAGGAAAUUGCCGAGCAGUUUAAGAAUCAACCAUGUACAAAUACCACUGGUGCAAACACAGUACCUGGAACUGAGCCUCAAUUUUCGGACUUCCCAAACCUUUUAAACAAAUGCAAAUUGAAUGUCACCACUACAAGGGAUGGUGCCAUAUUGCCUGCUUGUGUUCCUAAUCUAGCUCAGGAUAUAGUCCUAUCCAAUUACACACAUUCUCAGUAUUCUGGCUCUCUCAAUGAUACAAAAUACACUGGAAUUGGGAUCGGCUCGGAUGACAACUGGAUUGUUGUUAUUUUGACCACAGAUACUCCAACCGGGAAUUUUGCCACUGGUUCCUCCGUUCCAGAUGUCAACUUUGUAACAAAGAUGAGUCCAUUUCAACCCCUUUUAUUUGUGAUGAUGGGAAUUUUCUUCCUUGUUGGAGCAUAUUAAGCAAGUGAAUUUCACAUAUUCUAGUGGAGGGCCGGAUACUAACUGUUGCUGGAAUUUUAUUGUCUCCUAACUGAUACUUUCUCAGAGGUUGAAUAAUUCAGUUACUAGGACAGCCUGCUCUCACGAAGACAUGAACUUAAAGCUGUUUCUGUUUAUGUUGCCUCGUAAUGCUGUUGCAAUCAACCCGGAUUUUGCUGAGUUGUAUACAUAGUUGUUUUAAAUCUUUUUUAGUUUCUGUUUCUUGAAUAUGAUCUGCUGCUUUGAGGUAAGACCUGAUCAUACUUUCUUUGAGCAUAUAUGUGUGUGGUUCUUGUAAUGUUUCUCCUCUUAUUCCUCUCAUGUUUGUCUGAGUUCAAAAUUUUGUUGUUCCAUGUUCUA